CACACUAUAUCACGGUAUUUUAUUCACGGUCUGCCUUGAUCUCAACAUUUAUAUAUUUUACUACUAGGUGUUUUGUAUAUAAUAAAUAUAGGGGAGAGGAAUUCAAAGUGGGGACAAUGCAAGCGAGCAGCCUUUUCGUGGCUGUGAUUUUCCUCAUAGGUUUGGUCCAAAUCGAUGGCCUCCUGCGCCGCUGCUACCAGUGCCGAUCCCGCGGCGAGCUGGGCAGCUGCAAGGACCCGUUCACCUUCAACGCGACGGACGUGGAGCAGGAGCCCGGCGUGGCGGCCAUUCCCUGCGCCAGCGGCUGGUGCGGCAAGGUGAUCGAGGGCGGCGGCACCUACGCCAUCGACGACUACGACCUGGCCAUCCAGCGGAUGUGCGUGCAGCGCGGCCCGGACGACAACAUGGACCGCUGCGCGGACACCAUCUACAACUACAAGAAGGUGUACAUGUGCUUCUGCCAGGGCGACCUGUGCAACGGCUCGCGGAGCUGGUCCUCGGCGCCUCCGCUGCUCCUGCUCCUCCUCCUGGCCCUGGCCCUGCCCCUGCCCCUGCCCCUGCGCCAGUGGCUCCGCGCCUAGACUGUCUCCGUGCAAAUAGCCUGCAAUGUAUAUACAUUUUUAAUACUCAUCAACACGAAAUGCAAUACCUACAAUUAUGAAAUACAAACCUUUUUUGUUAAUAUUUAAA